AUGGACUUCUGGGUUUGCUUGGACAAACAAGAGCGCCGUAGGUACGAACUUACCGGACAGAGGAUGAAGAGGGCUGAGGAUGAAUCGACUGACCUGGAUUGCAGCAUGCAGAUGUCCGACGGCUACAACGACUACUGGAGCUCCCCGGACACCGGAUACUGGAGCUCCCCAGUGGUGUCGGCGGCGGUGCCGGCGAGCAGCAUGAACAACGUCGUCGUAGGCGGCCGGAAUCUCAACAGCAAGCUCUACGCCCUCCGGAGCGUCGUCCCAAACAUCACCAAGAUGGAUAAGAUCUCCAUUCUCAAGGACGCCAUCGAGUACAUCCAGAAGCUGCGGGAGCAGGAGCGCCGGAUGCUCGCCGAGAUAUCCCUCCUUGAGUCGGCACCGGAGGUACAUGGCCAUGGCGACCUGCUUACUAGUACGGUACAGCCCGUCGUUCCGAACGCCGGCCACGCCAUGCCACCGGUGAAGAAGACAAGGAGCCCCAUGUCACUCCCGUCGGCGGUGACCCCCGCAUCCGCCAUGGCCGCCGCAUCUCCGCCGGUCGAGGCUAUCGAGGUGAGGGUGACGGGCGCUGGCGAUAAGCUGCUGGUGGUGAGCGUCGCGUGGCGCCACCGGAAGGGUGCCAUGGGAAAGGUGUGCUGCGCGCUCGAGGGCCUUCGGCUCGCCGUGUUCUCGGCCAACAUCAUGGUUGCGUCCGGGACGGUGACGUACACCGCGCUCGUACAGAGGCAGGAAAUACAUAAGAGCGAAAUGAAGGAAUUGAUCGAGACUGCAAUCGCCCAAGUUGAUGUCGCAGGAAGUACUCUAAGUACUAUGAGUUACUACUGAGUCAUGGGAUGUUAUGCAAUGCAUCGUUGCAUGUUCAUCUUAGUUAGUUACAAAUAAUCAUGUGUACUCCAGGAUAACAAGAACGCCAUGGUGUUUUGGCAAAAAGGAAAGAGAUUAAAUAAUACUCCCUCAGUCUCAAUAUAAGUGUCGUUUUUUA